AUGUCUGAGCACACUCUCUUCCACGUCUUCAACGUACCAAGAGAGGCAUUCACACAAGACCUUCUCAAAAGUAGCUACUACACUCUGAUAAAGCAAGUGCACCCAGACAAACUGGGCACCGCCAGCACACCAGCAGAUGCAGCACAGUUCAUCAAUAAAGCAUACAAAGUUCUAAGUAACGACUAUAUUCGCAGUAUAUACGAAUACUCACUAGAUAAUAAAAGAAAUCUAGUAGAGCGAGAAAUCCCGAAGGAGCUCAAUGCAGGGUUUACAACCGUCCUAGACUUAGAGAAGGAAAGAAUAGGGUGCAAUAAAGGCCUUGUCACCCCAGAAUUUUUAGAUGAAAUACUUAGUCUAGAAGAUAGAAUAGAAAAUAGUGCAGGAGAUGCCCUCAGUGAAACAGAAGAAUAUAUUCUAAAAGAAAUUGAAAAUUGCAAGAAUAAUAAAAAAGAUGUAAAGGCACUUGCCAGGUGGAGAUACUACAACAGAGUGCUAGACAUAAUUAUGCAAAAAAAAAUGAUUGAAUAGAAAUAUUUAGAAGU